ACUCAGCCUAUGCUCAGAACCACCCUUUCCUCUCGGCGACAAUUUUUGUAUAAUCUAUCCAAUACAAAGCUCGGCUUCCAAAGUCAAUAAAUAAAUUCAGUCCCUUAAAUCUCCCUUUGGCUUCAAGCCAUAAAUCUUCUGCGCUCCUUUAGUUGCAAUAUAAACGCAUGGACCACAGGGGGCAGCAGAGAGUCGUAUCUGUUCUUCUGGUCACGCCUCCUCAAGCGGGAAACGCCAAACGGAAGUUUUACGAGCCUCGCGGCGACCCGUAGCCAGGCUACACCAACGAAGCGGGUGAAGAGUCGCCCAGACGAGGAGGAGGCCGGAGCCUCGCAGGCCCGAGACGCGGCUAUGGCAGCCCAGUCGCCCCAACUCGCUGCCCGGCGGAGCCGCUUCGUUGUGGUGGGAGGUGGCAUUGCCGGAGUGACGUGCGCUGAGCGGGUAACGUACUGUCCCUGCGCCUCAGAAACCAUAUACGCGGUCUCUGCGCAUGCGCCCUCUGGAGCAACGUUUGCUGAGCGGCUGAAGUACCUUGCGUAUUUGCGCAUGCGCCCUCUGGCCUUUUCCCUUCCACGCCUUUCCCUACGGAAACUUCUUGGUUGUUUCAUAGACGUAUAAUGAGAAGAUGGGUAUGCGGUGCGUAGCUUCCGAGGUGGCUUCCCACGGUUCCCCAUUAAAAGCAACAACGCAGAAAUCAAGCAUUUUAGUGUAACUUUGAUUAAAGUCUACCCAUUCCCCGUCCCUAGGACAAGAUCUACCAUGUUCCAAUUAAUGUCACAGCAUGAUUUAACAUAGGCUUUUUUCUUGAACAGUAAGAAAGCUAAAAAUUUCCCACUGUGUCUAAAUAGGACCUCUGUUUCAGAGGUAGGAUGCUAAUACCAGUUAUUGGGGGGGGGUAGAUGAAUUUAAAUAAUUGUCUGUUUGGAAAAAUGUAGGUGUGAGUUGCUCGUUUUAAAAAUAACUUAUAAUAUUUUCUACCCCUUUGAACAGCUGGCUACAGAGUUUCCUUCUGAUGAUAUUUUAUUAGUCACAGCAUCUCCUCUUAUAAAAGCAGUAACGAACUUCAAGCAGGUGAGAACAGAACUAAUAACUGCUUCUUGGGGAUUUGGGGUAAGGUGAAGUAAUCUACUCUGCUGUUGUAACCCUGUUUCAAUGGCCACUGCAGGCCCAUUUUUCCUGUAGUAGUGCCCACUUUUAAUACUAGGAUUUAGGGCCAUUCAAAGAAAGUACUUCUUUGCGUGGCACAUAGAUGAGCUGUAGGAAAUUUGCUCCCAUUGGAUGUUCCAAUGGCCACCAACUUGGACAACUUUCAAAGGCAAAUCCAUGGGAAACAAAGUUAUCAUUGGCCACUAGCCAUGAUGACUAUGUUCUCUUUCCAUUGUUGGAGGCAGUAUGCUUCUGAAUAACUGUUGUUGGGAACCACAAGCGAGGAGAGCAUUGUUGCACUUUGUCCUGCUUGCAGGCUUCCCAUUAAGAGCUGGUCCCUGGGAUAACAGGAUGCUGGGUGAGAUUGGCUUUAAGGAUGUGUUUGUGUGUGUUCUCCUUUGCAGCUAUUGCUGCUGUUUGCAGGUCCCUGCAAAUAUCUAGGACUGGGAAAGCCUGAAUUUCCCCACUUAACAUGUAAUCAGUAGCAGCAUCCCACUGCAGUUGCAGCUGUUGGUCCAGCUAUUGGGUAGGGUGUGUGUGUGUGUGUGUGUGUGUGUGUGUGUUUGAACUAGCCCUAAGGGAGUGUCAUCUAUGAAGCUUGCCUUUCAGGGUUGACAAGAACCCGAGGGGUUCUUUGGUGCAUUUGUGCAUCAGUAGAUUUUGGUUAGGAAGUUGACUUGCAUCUGAAGGAUAUUUUUGUUUGUUUGUUUUUGACAGGUUUCCAGGACUUUAGAAGAAUUUGAUGUUGAAGAACAAGCAAGCAGCAUCUUAGAAAAACGCUACCCUAACAUUAAGGUUAUUCAGUCUGGAGUAAAACAGCUGAAGAGUGAAGAACAUGUAAGAGGACCCUUCAUCCUUUUGUCUUUUUCUGGAAUGAGAAAUGGCUUUCCCUUUCCAGGAUGAGAGCGGAGCUGUCUUGAUAUGAAAAAUCAAGUCUCAUGUUGUAGACUAGGUGACCAACACGGUCACCUCCAGAUAUUCCUGCACCGGUAGAGUCAGGUGAUUCUAAUCUACUAGGGCAUAGCCCUGUCAGUGGGACUUACACAUGCAGUGGUUUACAACCUAUAAAGAUGAGACGGGAGCUGACUUUUCAUGCAGACAUUAAGCUGGUUGUGGUAGAAACUAAUGCAUGCACACUGGGGCAAGGCCCACCCCUGCCCCAGGCCAGGAAAUUGAGGGUGGGGUUUCCAGAGCAGGUUUUUGAUGCGGUGUGAGAAACUGCUAUUGUCGGGAGCAGAUAUUGGCGAAGCAGUUGAUAUGCCAGACAGCGCUUGUUGAAUUUUAAUACCCAAGUGAUGUCUGCGUGAGAGGAGGAGAUCCACUUUAUUGCAUCAAACCAGCUCUUAGGAGCCAGGAGCAUAGUCGAGUGCUUUGGAGAACAUCCUACACUGCCACCCAGAGGAAGGUUUUCCUAUUUGUGUUCCUCUGUGUGAAUUGACAGCCUGAAUCUUAAGUGUUUGCUCAUCCAGCUGCAUUGGAAGCCGGCUAGCUUGCAGACUUCCUACUGAAGAAGUAGCUUUGGAGGGAUUGCUGGUGAACUACAAGAGGGGGAAUGGUGCAAGGUAUCGCAGGCAGGAAGUUCUCGCUGUUCUUCCUGGAGCUCUUUGGAGAACAUGUGGGAAAUGUGCUUCAGGUUCUUUUUUCCUAGCUUCUCUCAUUCCAUUCUCCUGUGCACAAAUGCUUCUGUUGCUUAAGCUCAACAAGCAUUGAAGCCGAUCUGCACAGGACAGGGGCAGUUCUUCCUUGUUUCAAUGUGAAACCGCCCCAUCAUAGAACUGUAGAGUUGGAAGGGACCACAAGGGUCUUCUACUUCAACCUCCUGCAAUGCGUAAAUCUUUUGCUCAACCUGGGGUUCGAACCCAUGACUCUGAAUUAAUGUAGAGUGAGGAUGGGGAAACUUGGGUCCUUCCAACUGUACAAUUCUAUGAGUCUAUGGUUUUUUUUAAAAAAAGGAUCAAUGGCAUGCUGUACUGGACCCUUCAAAGAUGUCCUUCUCUUCUUUCUUUUCCAUUUUAUAACAUGGUUGCAGAAAAUAAUCACGGAAGCCGGUCAGGAGUAUGUCUACGAAAAAGUUUGUCUGUGUGCUGGAGCAAGGCCAAAGCUGAUUACUGAAAGAAACCCCUUCGUGUUGGGAAUCCGCGAUACAGACAGCGCAGCGGUAAUGCUUGUUGUGUGCUUUCAGCAGUCUCCGACGCAGACAUAGAUUUAUAAAUUUGGUGAGGUCUAAGCCAGAAAUAACCAUGCAGCACAGAAACACAGAAAAAGAGAGAGGGUUUCCUCUAGCUUCCGAAAAGUCAAAAGGGGACACCUCUGACAGGCGUUUCUAAGCAGGGGAGUUCUGCAGCGUUGCUUAACGGAACAGAAAUAUUGGAAAGAAAUGUAGAAUGUGGAAAGAAAGACAACCACAAGAGAGAGAAAAGAAGAUUUUGCACAUACUUGUAGCGCAGAUAGAUAGAUAGAUAGGUCUGCUUUUAUUCAGCUAUAUAGUCUUGCAGGGGAGUGGAAGGGAGCUCAGACUUUAAAAGCAGAGAGCUAUAUUGCCCCCAAAUAGGGAGCCGAGUAGUGCCCCUCCCUCUUUGUUUUAACUGGUAAUUAAAUUUGGUUUGUUUUGGGGUCAAAUGGGGUCAGCUCUGUUGCAAUAACAGAGGAAGGGCCACAGUUCAGUGGUAGAGCAUCUACUUUGUACGUAGUAUGUCCUGGGUUCAGUUCCUGGCAACUCCUGUGGGACCAGAAGAGGCUGUUGUUCAUAACCCUGGAGAGUCACUCCCAGUCAAGGUUGAUGAUCCUGAGCUUGACAGGCCAACUGCAUCACUCAGUAGAAGGCAGCUUCUUAUGUUACUAUAAUGAUCUCUCUGUCUGUCUCUGUGUCAAGUGCAGGAAUUUCAGAAACAUCUGGCAAGAGCGAAAAGAAUAACCAUUGUGGGAAAUGGUGGCAUUGCCCUGGAAUUAGUGUACGUAAAUCUUCCUUCUUUUGAAAAAUAAGUGAAGCUAAGAGCUUUAUUAUUAUUAUUAUUAUUAUUAUUAUUAUUAUUCUGCUGGGAGCUGCCCAGAGUGGCUGGGGAAACAGAGCCAGAUGGGCAGGGUAUAAAUAAUAGAUUAUUAUUACUACUACUACUACUACUACUACUAUUACUACUACUACUAUCUUAGCUAUAGAUCUAAUUUGUGCUGCUAUUGUACAUCCGUGCCUUUUUGGAACGCUGAAUGCAGUGUGAGAACCUAACAUUAAUUUUUUUUUAAUUUGCCAGGUUUGCACGUCACAUUAAACCGUAGUUAAAAUGAACUAUGAUUUAAUGUGAAGUAGCAGUGCUGAAAUCAUGGCCACUUUGCUCCAUGCCUGUUCCUGCAAGGAAACAAGCCAUGGUCUUUGGGGUGUUUUUUCACUUGUCCAAACACCAGCUUCGUGGCUUGUCCCUCUCCAAAACAAACCACGAGUGGAAGCCAGGGUUUCUCUUGGCUUAGAAUUUUAUAGUUUGUUUGGAGAGAAACAAAUUUGGAGGCCAGGAUUGGAUGACUCACCAAGCCAGGCCAUGACUUAUUUCCCAGCAAUGUAGCAGCAGUGGAGGAGGAGUGAAGUACCUGUGAUUUCAGGAGCUAGCACCAGGCACUGCUUGUUCGUGUGAAAAAUAGUGACAUGUAAACCAGGUUGCUUUUUAAACUUGUUUCUUUUCUUUUUUAAAAACCCCCACCUUAAUUACAGUAACACACCAGAAACAAAAUAGCUUAAAAAUAAUAAUAAAUUUAAAAAAAAAACAAAAAAACUUUUUAUUCAAAAUUAAAACAUAUUAUCCAGAAACAUAUCAUCCUUAUUUCCCCCCCCCCCCAUUUUUCCUCCCUCCCCCACAGAACCCACCCACCCCCUGACUUCCCUCAGUUCCAGUCUUUGGUUUCUCUAAAAAUGCUGUUUUCUGCAUGUUACAUAGUUGUAUAAAUUCUCAAACUAUUUAGCUGAUUAUUAUCAAGAAAAAGUUUGUGAAUGUUUAUUCAAAACCAGCCAAGGAGUCCAAUUCGCUUUGUUGUGUCUUCAGAUACUUUGUAAAGGGUUCCCAUUCAUCUUUAAAGUCACAGUUAUCCUUGUCCCGUAGUUUGUAUGUCAGUUUUGCCAGUUCUGCAUAGUCCAUCAAUUUUUCUUGCCAUGAUUCUUUUUAGGUACGAAAUCGAAGGUUGCGAAGUCAUCUGGGCCAUCAAAGACAAAGCGAUUGGGAAUACUUUCUUUGAUGCAGGAGCGGCUGAGUUCCUGAUCCCAAAGCUGAGUGCCAUGAAACCGGAGCCUCCGAUCGCUUGUAAAAGAACAAAAUAUACGACGGCAGGUGGAAUACCAGGUACUGUAGAGCAUCUCGGGCAUUGUAAAGUGGCUCUUGCUUGUAUAUUGGCUUAUAUUGUAUGAAAACCGUUGCAUCGGCCCAACCCUGCACACUUCAGAUACAGUGGUGCCCCGCAAGACGAAUGCCUCGCAAGACGGAAAACCCGCUAGACGAAAGGGUUUUCCGUUUUGGAGGUGCUUCGCAAAACGAAUUUCCUAUGGGCUUGCUUCGCAAGACGAAAAUGUCUUGCGAGUUCCUGCGGGGUUUUUUUUCCUUUCCCCCCCUUUUUCCCAAGCCGCUAAGCCGCUUAACAGCUGAUCGCUAAGCCGCUUAUCAGCUGAUCCGCUAAGCCACUUAACAGCUGAUCCGUUAAGCCACUAAGCCGCUUAUCAGCUGAUCCGCUAAGCCGCUUAACAGCUGAUCCGUUAAGCCACUAAGCCGCUUAUCAGCUGAUCCGCUAAGCCGCUUAACAGCUGAUCCGUUAAGCCACUAAGCCGCUUAUCAGCUGAUCUGCUAAGCCCGCUAAGCCGCUAAUAGCGCUAAUCCGCUAAACCGCUAAUGGGCUUGCUUCGCAAGACGAAAAAACCGCAAGACGAAGAGACUCCCGGAACGGAUUCUUUUCGUCUUGCGAGGCACCACUGUAUUUGCAAACUGUAAGAGAUGAGGUAGCGUUGGGGCUGAGUUUGUGGAGUGGGAAUAGCUGCUGCAAGAACAGGGUGGGAAGUUGGGUUGCACUCGUAAUAAGUGAAGGUAAAGGAUCCCUGGACGGUUAAGUCCAGUCAGAGGCGACUAUGGGGUUGCAGCGCUCAUCUCGCUUUCAGGCCGAGGGAGCUGGUGUUUGUCCACAGACAGCUUUCCGGGUCAUGUGGCCAGCAGGACUAAAUAAGAAGUACAGAAGGACCUGGGAUUGCAGGACAAGACCUGCCAAGAAAAACAAAGAAUUUAUUUAUGUAUGCUACAACGGCGGCAAGAGUUUUGAUAGCACAAGGAUGGAAGAAUGAGGAAAUCCCAACGAAAGAACAAUGGCAAGAAAAAUUGAUGAGCUAUGCAGAGUUGGCUAAAUUGACAUAUAAAUUGCGGGGCAAGGACAACUGUGACUUUAAGGAAGAAUGGGAGCUUUUUACAAAUUAUCUAAAAAGACAACAAAAUGAACUGGACUCCUUGGCAUGUUAGAUAAAUAAUGUAAGGAUACGUACAAUUUUAUAACAUGCAGAGAAUGAUAUGUGCUGAGAAAUCAGAGAGAGGAGCUGAGGGAAGUCUCUGGUGGUGGGGAGGAAGAGAUGGAAGGAAGGGGGGAAAUAAUGUAUGCGAUUAUACAGUUUGAUAAUUCGUUAUGUUGAAAUUGCUAAUAAAAAUAUUUUUUUAAAUAAAGAAGUACAGAAGGACCUUGUACAGAAGAAGGACCUUGUAAAGACCUCAUCUGGGGCAACCCAGUCAGAUGGGUGGUAUAUACAUACAAUUAUUAUUAUUAUUAUUAUUAUUAUUAUUAUUAUUAACCCUGCCCUGCUGAGGAGAGGCUGUAUUGUCUUUGUACCCAGAAAAUAUAUAGGCUGCCUGUACUUCCUCUAUAGCAUAUGUCCUUAUCUCUUUCCUCCUUGUCCCCCAGGAAGUGAGAUAGAACAAAGUGCUGCAGCAAACCCAGGGGAAAUCGGCAGCGCCUUAGGCCCCGACUGGCACGAAGGCUUAUGUCUUAAGGGAGCAAAAGAGGUAUGGCUGCUUAUCCUAAGCUCCCUUCGGGUGUUCCCCUGUGCCCCAUUAACAAUCAGGAACUUUAUAUAAAGCCCUUCUGGCCGAGGGUGUUUACAGAAAUAAACUACAUUACAAGUCAACAUGCAGAAUAUACCCCAAGUAUGGGCUUCUUGACCGUUUUUAAAGAAGGGCAACCUGACCUUUGUUAUAAAGUUAAAAUAAAAUACUUUACUGAUAACUGAAGAAUGCCAACUACCAAAAUCACUGAUUGUACUUUGGCAAGCUUAACUAGAUUUUGUCUCUUUUUUGUAAUUGUUAUAUAUUGGAAAUUAAUAAACCUAUAUUUUUAAAAAAGGAAUUAUGUGACUGGGAGGCAGUGAGACCCUGGCCCUACUGCUUCAUUCCUGCUGGCUAUCUAUACCUUGGGCAAUUAUGUCUGAAGAGGAGAAUCUGCUCUACAUUCCUAGGCUCCCUCCUUGAUUUAGAGGCACGGUCAACCAGGACUCAACGGAGAUAAAUUUUUGGACAGGAGCCACAGAGAAAUUUAUCUAGACCUCUUACUUAUUUAGUACUUUCUUAAGGAUUUGCAGAGUGACUUUUAGGGCAUAGCCCUCAUGAGGCAGUUUUCCUACAUAGUGGGUAAUAAGUAACAUUAAGAAGACAACUUUUAAAUCCAAUACGCCAAGAAAGUUUUCAGAAUAGAAGCUUGUAACUAAUACCGUGCCAGAUCACACUAUAAAAAUCACUUGAAAGUUUGUAGCAAGCUGAAUUGACCAGAAAGCUCAACAUCAAAAAUGUUAAUAAAAUUUGGCACAAAACAAAUGUGUUUGUUAAGGCUCGCACUGUAGGAGUCGCACAUAACUUAAGUAGGAAUGGUGUUAUCAAAUGCAAUUAUUUGUUAUCUUUCAGCUGUCCCACAAAGUUCACAUUGAAAGCCUUUGUGAAGUGAAGAAGAUCUAUCUCUGGGAAGAGUUCCAGCAGUCAGAGAAGGUGUCUCUGGCUUUCCCCAGAGUUCAGCCGGACGAGAGGAAUGCAGAAAUGGAUGAAGGUAAACAGUGUGUCAAGAAGAGUGCAAGACUUCCCCCCCCCCAAAAAAAAUGUAUGCAACUACUGCGGCCCGUGUUUUGUUAGCCCAGAAAUGGAAAAUGAGCGAGGCCCCAACCAAAGAAGAAUGGCAACUCAAGUUGACAAAAUAUGCACAACUCGCAGACUUAACAUAUAGAAUAAGAGAACAUGAAUAACAUACGUUUAGAGAAGAUUGGAAAACGUUUAUUGAAUAUAUGGGAAAUAAUUGUGUACAGCUGAAAACGCUGGCAGCAGCAAGAUAAAUCCAACAGUGUAAAUAAGUUUUGAUGGAUUCAAUAUUGGAAUACUGAACGGUAUAGUUUUUUGUAAAUUAUGCAGGGAUUUAUGAUAUGUAAAAUGAACCAUGGAAAGAGAAGAAGGGAAGUCAUUGAUAUCUUAAGGAUGCAAAACGAAUGUUUUUAAUUGUAAAACAGAAAAUUUAAUUUAAUUAUAUCAAUCAUCUAUCUAUCUUCCUGGAGAUUAUAUAUAUAUAUAUAUAUAUAUAUAUAUAUGAAGAGUGCAGGACAGUGCAGGGUCUUAUUUGCAGAAUGAAAGCAUGGCUUACAAACUCCUCUCCCAUUUGUGCCUGGCCCCACCUGGCAGGUGGGCCCCAAAAGGUUGAACAGAAUGGAGCAUGGCCCUCAGGGUGAAAGAGGUUCCUCAUCCCUGGUGUCCAGCUGUCGCUCUCCCAAGUGUAUCAUCUUAAGGAGGCUCUAGGGGGUCACUAGAAGAAUUAUAGCUCCCCCUGCUUGCAAUCCAGGGCAAUCCUAGUAGAGGAACAAAUGAAUCUUAACACCUGGAAACCUCUGAGUCUGUUCCUAAUCCACAUAACCUGGACCGUGUGUGUUCACAUGCCUGAACUUCCAUUCUUCCAGAGAGGUGGCCGGUGUAUGUUGAGUUGACCAGCGGGAAGAUAUAUGGCUGCAACUUCAUUGUCAGUGCGACCGGGGUUGUACCAAAUGUCCAACCAUUCCUUGAUGGCAAUAAUGUAAGAAUUAACACUGAGAAUAUGAAAUUGUUUUUCUAUGCAAGGCUUUUAAGGAUACAACAAAAAGGGCCAACCCAUUUAAAGUACUAUUAAUAUAAAAUUUGGGGUGGGUAAGUCCCCUGAGAUAUUGAGCUGUGCAGUAUGCAGUUUAUGGGUACCUUAAUUUGAACCGAAUGAACGAAAUGUUAUGCAGCUUAAGAGGAUCCCCAUAUCUUGUAGAAUUUGGCUUGCUGUGUUUUCCUUUUAGCUCCAUUAAUAGCACCCAUUUACUAGUACGUAAUAACAGAGAGGGGAAUCUUUCCAUACCCAAGGCCCACAUUCCCUUCUGGAAAGUUGUCCAAGGUCCACAUGCCAGAAGUGGUUUGAGCAACAGAUGUAACCUUUCACUUUUGUACCAUAGGUUAAGGGGCGCGGGUGGUGCUGUGGGUUAAACCUCAGAGCCUAGGACUUGUCGAUCAGAAGAUCAGCGGUUUGAAUCCCCGUGACGGGGUGAACUCCCGUUGCUCGGUCCCUGCUCCUGCCAACCUAGCAGUUCAAAAGCAAGUCAAAGUGCAAAUAGAUAAAUAGGUACCACUCCGGCGGGAAGGUAAACGGCGGUUCUGUGCGCUGCUCUGGUUCACCAGAAGCGGCUUAGUCAUGCUGGCCACAUGACCCGGAAGCUGUACGCCGGCUCCCUUGGCCAAUAAAGCGAGAUGAGCGCCGCAACCCCAGAGUCGGUCACGACUGGACCUAAUGAUCAGGGGUCCCUUUACCCUUUACCUUUACCAUAAGUUAGAUUCUCUGCACACUUGCACACCCAAUUUGUAGCCUCUGGCAAGCUAGAGGCAUUAUCAGAGUUGAAGGACACAUUCCAGCCAGGCCAGAACAUUCAAGAAGGGUAUGAAAUAGGGCUGGUGAGGGCUCUGGCUUGAGUAGAGUCCCGUGGGAUCAUAGAUUUAUAGAGUUGGAAGGGACCAAGGGUCAUCUAGUCCAACCCCACACAAUACAGGACUCUCUUGCCUAAUGUAGAGGUUGAAGCCACGACCCUGAGAUUAAGAGUCUUGUGCUCUGCCAACUGAGACCCAGAGGGCAGCAUGUGGAACUUAACAAACCCCCUCAUUCUGAGAGUCUGCGUUUGGGAAAUCUUUGCUUGUAGCACCACCUUUAGACUCGAAGUUCUGUGUCCUUCCUGCAGUGUGGGCGCUAGUAAGCCCUGCCUCUUGUUUGUCAAACUGCGGUCUGAAUAUUUGGGGCAGUUAAGAGUCCUUUUUAAAAAUAAAUUUAUUUAACAUAAUUAUUACAAAAUACAAGGAAAAUACUGCAAAUACAUACAUACAUAUAUAUUUCAGAUAAGCACACAUAUAUAAAAAAAGAACAAAAAGGAAAAAGGAAGAAAAGAAAAAAUAAGGAGAAAAAGAAGAAGAAAAAUUGGAAGAAUUUCUUCCAAAUUUAUUCUACAAAUAUCUCAAUAAUAAAAUUUCAUUGAUUGACUUCCAUCGCUUACACUGCACUUCCUAUAUACAUUUUAAGCAAAAUUGUAUCUGUUAUUCCGUAUUUUCCCCAUACAAUCUUAUACAAAUAUUCUAAUCAAUAAGUUUUCUAAAUCUUUCAUAAAUCUUUUCUAAACACAACCAAUACCUUACACUUAAUCUUUGUCUCAAGAGUCCUUGAUUGGACAGGAUGUGCGGCCAGAGACUUGAGAUCUUUCCAAGUGCGGCAGCUCUAAGGACUGGGAUACCGAUAGCUAAAUUGGGAUGGGCCAAAGGGUGUGGCUUCUUCAUAACAAUACCCUUAAAAGACACAUAAGAGCCCCCAACCUCGGAUCUUAUUAAGACCAGCAAAGUUUUGUCUUCCAGCCACCCACCAUUUUGCAGAAAUCUGCAUUUACCUCUUAAAUGCUUAGUUUGUUCUAGGUGAAGAUGGGGGUCUGACAGUGGACAAAUACAUGCAUACUUCUCUACCAGAUAUCUACGCGGCAGGGGACAUCUGCACUACGUCAUGGGAGCCUAGUCCAGUUUGGCAGCAGGUAAGGCAAAUGUAGAUGUGUGUAGCUUUAACAAGAUUUCCUCAGGGUAAUUUAAUCCCAUCAGUGUAUUACCGGUAUAUAAUUAGCCUGGGCUUUCUUCUAGUUCAUGUUGUCCUAAACACAUUGUACAUCUGGCAGUUCAGUUAAAUGACAGAACAGAAGGGAAUGAACACCUGCCUUAAGUAAUAAUAAUAAUAAUAAUAAUAGUAAUAAUAAAUUUUGAUUUAUACCCCUACCUCCCCAGCCAAGACUGGGCUCAGGGCGGCUAACAACCAAUAAUAAAAACAAGUUGAUUAAAAUACAAUUUAAAAGAUUAAGAUACAACAUUAAAACAUUAGGGUGCAAUCUCUUCAAAGGAAGAGAAAGGAAAAAGAAAGAGGGGGAGGGAAUCAAACUGAUUCUAAGCCAAAGGCCAGGUGGAACAAUUCUGUCUUACAGGCCCUGCGGAAAGAUAUCAGAUCCCACAGGGCCCUGGUCUCAUGAGACAGAGCAUUCCACCAGGCCGGAGCCAGUUUUGAGAAGGCCCUGGCUCUGGUUGAGGCUAAUCUAACUUCCUUAGGGCCUGGGACCUCUAGGGUGUUACUAUAUAUGGACCUUAAGGUCCUCCGUGGGGCAUACCAGGAGAGGCGGUCUCGUAGGUACGAGGGUCCUAGGCCGUGAAGGGCUUUAAAGUGCCAUCCUCUGUGCUCUUUUAUCUCUGAGACCAGAGAUAAAAGAGCACAGCCAUUUAUGGGCUAUGCCCUGUAUCCCCACAUCAGCGAGGCGGUGGUCUAAAAGAUCAUGAUCGACCAUGUCAAAGGCUGCUGAUAAAUCUAAGAGAAUCAGCAGUCCCGACCCGCCUCAAUCCCCUAAGUAUCAAACUUAGGGGUGGAAUUGUUGGCCAAAUCCACAGCCGGCCAAAGGACUUUGCCCCAGUUUUCAGAGGAUACUAAAUAAAGUAUCUUGAGCUGCCAGAAGUCUCCAGGUGACUGUAGCAGCAAUUUGUUGUAGCGGCUUCUACAGCCACCUGCAGAAACUCCUAUUCCAGCCGUCUGUUGUCUGCCAAUCUACAAUCUUCAUUCAUCUUCCAUGUGUCCUUGGGGCUGGAAAAUUGGAAGUGAAGAGGAAUAGGAUUAUUAUUUAUUUGAAUAUCCUGGGAAAGGCAUGACAAACAGGAUCACUUCAGCCAGUGAUGGGGUUUUUUGUGUGGAUCCCACGUAUAAGGGUAACUAUCAAUGCUUCCCAUAUUUUUAGCAAGGGCCGUACUUUAUAGUAGCUCUCUGAUAAGCUGAGCACUUGAGAUUGGGCUCCAGGAAAACACGCUCAUUGUUCUAAAACGCUUGCUUGCAAUCUCGGUGCAUAGAUUCCCAUAUCCUUUUUUCCAGAUGAGGCUUUGGACCCAGGCUAGGCAGAUGGGAUGGUAUGCUGCAAAAUGUAUGGCUGCUGAUACUUUAGGGGAACCUACAGACAUGGACUUUUGCUUUGAACUCUUUGCUCAUGUGACAAAGUUUUUCAAUUACAAGGUAAUGAACUGUGUAUAAACGACUGCAAUGAUUCACUGUUUUGGAAUGGCUUGAUUGCAAGGGAUUCCAUUUUAAUUCUGCAGAAUGCUACCACACCUAGCUUUCUCUCUGCACUGAUGAGCAGCAAACUAACUGGCUUCCUCCCCCCCCCCCCCCCAGCAUGUAGCGCACACAGUUUCAGAGUAAAAUACUGGACUGCAAGAUGUCCAGAUACUGCUUUAUGUCAGUACAGUAUAUGAUCCUACAAAAUGAGUAACUUAGCUCAAGGAAAUCGAUCCAUAAGCAGCAGUGUCUGGUUAGCACAGAACUUACCAUGUUUAGGAAUUCAUAAAUGCAGAUUAGUCUCUACCAGUUAUUACCCUUGGUCUUCAUAUAGCUUGCCUCAAAACACUGUAAUCCAGAUUCUUCCAUUUCCAAAAUCAUUGCAAUUAUUUACUGCAGGUAUGAUUGUAAAUUGCCCUACUAAUAUCGCCUAAUCUUCAAUGGCAGUAGGUUUAGAUUUCCAUAGGUAGGCCAUGAUUUGUCUCACUUGGGAAAUAUGCACAACUCCAGUCCUCAUGAUAGCAAAUCUCAAGAGUACAUUUAUGUAGCUAAAACCUAAUUUCACCACAUGGAGCUUCCUUUGUAAAAGAUGUAGAGGCUACUCUCAAGGCAGACCCAAAGCAAAUCAGUACUAGAGUAACUAGAUUAAGGCAGAGGGCUCUCUUCUGCACUACUUGCACUCUCAAGACCACAACUUAUUUUUUUCCCCAUUCCCCCAGGUGGUGCUGCUGGGAAAGUACAAUGCGCAAGGCUUGGGCUCAGACCAUGAACUGAUGCUCAGGUGCACUAAAGGGCAGGAGUACGUCAAAGUCGUGAUGCAGAAUGGGCGCAUGCUGGGAGCAGUAUUGAUUGGAGAAACAGACCUAGAAGAAACCUUUGAAAACCUGAUUCUCAACCAAAUGGAUCUGUCACGCUAUGGGGAAGAUCUUUUGGAUCCAAGGAUAGACAUAGAGGAUUACUUUGACUGAACAUAAAAAAGUGUCGGUGACUACUUUUUUAAAAAAUGAAAAAAGAGAGAAGGUUCCCCUAGGCAGACUACACAUAUAAGGAUAGAUGAUUGUAAUUUCCUUAAAAACCAUGGUUGUGGGUGCUUUCAGGCUUUGCUGCUAAACAUGGUCUACCGACGUUCAAGCACUGAACUGUGGGGAAGUGUAUUACAGUGGUGCCUCGCAAGACGAAAUUAAUUCGUUCUGCGAGUUUUUUCGUCUUGCGAAUUUUUCGUCUUGCGAAGCACGGUUUCCCAAAGUCUUCAAAAUCACCAAAGUCUUCAAAAACCUCAAAAAAAGGCUACCACACCGCGUGCUAUUGAGUUGCUCCUCGAAGUCACCCUGGGUAUUAACGGUUUUAAGAAAAAGGAAACAAACUUGCAAGACGUUUUCGUUUUUUUUGUCUUGCGAAGCAAGCCCAUAGGGAAAUUCGUCUUGCGAAGCAACUCAAAAAAACGAAAAACUCUUUCGUCUUGCGAGGCAUUCGUCUUGCGAGGUACCACUGUAUCUAGUACAGACUUAAUAUAAGGUUCAGUGGGGCUUACAUAUUGAAUAUUUUGUAUUUUACUUGCAUCAUGCAAAAGCAGUUUGCAUAAACAGAUGUUAAAAUAAAAGAUUCAAUUAUUUGCAGUUUAAAAAUUAUAGGCAUAAUUUUGCCAAAGUUUAAGCAUUUUGAAAUGCUUUUUAAAAAACAGCAGUGCUUAUUUCUCUUUCUUCCUCCCCCCCCCCAAAAAAAAAUGGUUUGGAAGUGCUGAAACUUUAGAUAGAUUUUGAUUAUCUAUUUGCUUCUUUAAAUUAUUUUUCUAACUAUGCUGGAGGCCACUUUCACUUACACACAGAUGGGCUUUAUCCCUACCCCCUGGGAGGCACGGAUACUGGAACACUGCAGCCAGUGAUACAGAACUAAACAUAGGUCUGUAAGGAGGGUUCCUCAGGGUCUGCUCAGUAGGACAUGUAAAUGGUAAGUGAGAGAACCUGUUGAUUCGUCAGCUUUCAAAAUAAAAUUUCAGGACUUGGGUAAUGCUGGGAUGACAAUUUAAAAUGUAUUUUUAUUUUGAAAAAAUUAAAAACAUCCCAUAACUUGAAUUGCACUGUAGUGGUCUGGGUCGGUCAAGUAACUUUGCUUGGGAGAAGCAGCUACCCAAUGAAGGUCCCUUUAAAAAGAGUAACUGUUCUACUUCAUUGGAAGUAGUUAGGUUCCCACUAUGCACUUUGCCUCUAUUACAGCAUGUCGCCAGGUUUUACAAUAUAGCUGCCUCUGGAAACAGCCCAAGGUCUAUUCAGUUCACUGUGGCCAAAAACACAGCACUAGAAUUGAGAAACAGGGCAUGGCAGAGACAUUUAUGCCCUUGCAAGUAAAUACCCUGCUUUUGAAUUACUAUGUACUUAUAUUUAACUGCCAUGCUCCAGCUGCUGAUGGACUUAUUAACACACUCUUCAUUUUCCUUUCAGAAUAAUUAUACACCAUUGUGAAAAUUCAAAGCAGUUCAACAAAGGAUAAAACAGUAAAAAAU